GGCCACAUCAACCCAUCCUUUUCUACAAAUGGAAAAACAAAUAACAAGAAGAAGAAGAGGAAGAAAACAAGUUGAGCAUGGAGAGUGCAAUGAAAGUAGUAGCAAUAUUAAUACUGGUGGUGGUGGCCGUGGCCGUGUUGAAUGCUGGACCGUCUUCCGGCCAGUACUGCGGGAAACGAUCCGACGGCGGAUGGACCCAGUGCGACGCCGGCACCUGCUGCGGUACUGAUAACUACUGCAGUAAACUGGGUUGUUCUGAGGACUGCUGUCAGUACUAUUGUCCCAAAGAUCAAACAGAUGGCGGAGUAGCAGUACAACAAGUGCUCGCACGCCGCGGAAUCGACGGCGUUGUUGGUGAUCGCAAGCCCAACAACGUAAAUGCUUUUUCUUCUUCUUCGACUUCGUCGUCGGAGGUUUUGUCAUGUGCUCCUUCCCUCUCUCGGUUGUCGCUGAAUUCCCGUCAGAGGUAUCCUUGGGCUGCUCUCGGUGGUGGUAAUAUUACUACUGCUAUUUGCGGCCGAUGCCUCAAGGUGACGACUGCCGGAGCUGGAGGAGUUGAUGCUCAAGUGAAGGUGCGAAUCGUUCACACGCCUGCAAUCGAGGGGCUUGAACUGGACCGCGAUACUUUCAGCAAACUCGAUACAAAUGGUUCCGACAACGAUUAUAAUUACAAUCGUAUUAUGGUAAGAUAUCAGUUCGAGAGUUGUUGAUGAAAAAGAACCGAUGACGAUCAUGAAAAAGAAAGAGAAUUUUCGACGUGUCAUUUUCUCUCGCGAUUCGAGCGCAUGGGUUUUACGAUGUAAGGGAAUUAUUACGAACUAGAAUUCGGAGACGGUAACUCUGAAUAUACCCAAAAAAAUAAAUAAAGAAGAAGCAGUGGAGUACUUCUUUUACUAUAUAGAAAGCAGGGGGAGAAUACUUAAUAUGGACCGAUGUAUACGGUUUUAGUUUCAAAAUUUCUAAUAAAUACAGUACUAUGGUACUGAUGAAGUGAGUAAAGCAGAAGUUAUCAGUUACAAGAAAACAUAUUUUCAGAGACCGCAACUCCGCAAGAAGAGUUACAAUCUGUCGCUAAAACCUUUUUAAGGACCGGUCGAUCUCCUCCGUCAGGAUAGAUAUCAGUGGAGCUAUAGCUCUUUCACGAUUUGAGAUGCACGAUUACCUGCAUAUGAAUUUAAACCCUAGCAUACGCCAUUGCUAUUAGCUAGCAACAAUCUACCUUCAAGUAUGAAACUUGUUAACAAACAAACUACAUAAUUCAUUUACAAAUUCUACAAUUAAAAACUAGAAUCAAUUAAUUACAAUACAAUUAAUAUUUAUCAACGCCAAGUGUAAUUAUAGAUCAUUAUUUUUAUAGAUCGAGGUUAUUGUGCUAACACCCAAUUUGUUAGCAUGGUGCUAACACUAGUUCCAAUCAAUAGAUAAUUUUUAUUUUUAUUUUAUUUUAUUUUUGAGGAUUGACCACAAUUGAUGUUCAUUUUUAAAGGGAGGACAAACUUGUCUUUUAAAAAAAUUAUAGGGGGAAUACGCAUGCAUGUGGUGCUGCUCAAUUAUUUCACAUCUAGUAAUAAAUCACAAGUAUCAUGAAACACACCACAAAAUACAAACGAUAAACACAACAAAUUAAACCACACCGCAUAUAAUGUAAAGUAGACCGGAAAUAUUAUAAAGCAGACCAUAACCUCACCACACCACAAAAUUCAUAAAGCAUACUAUAAAACUCAAAACGGAACACAAGUUUCUUAAAACAAACCAGAAAUAUCAUAAAGUAGACCACAAGUUCCACGAAGCUCACCAAAAAUCUCAUAAAAAUAACCACAAGUUUGAUAAAGCAGGCCAGUUUCCUUAUAAAGCAUGUUAUAAUUAAGUUCCCCAAGGCACACCAUAACUUCAUAAAGCUUACCACAAGUUUCUUAAGCGCCAGAUCAAAAACCUCAUUAAACAUACCACAAAUCACCUCAAGAUUGAAGCACAUCAGAAACCCCAUAAAAGUAACCACAUAUUUUUUUUUAUGAAUAAGCAACUUUAGUCCAUCAAAGUACCGUCAUUACAACAAUCCACCAUACAGCAUCACAGUCUGCCUCUACUUCAUCCUACAAUUUACAGAUAAUGAAAUACAAAAACACGGCUGGACUUAUUAGUUACAUGAACCAAAGCUUCUUCCUCUCUACUACUAAACUUAGCGGCAGAUUGCCCACCAUCAGGUCCUCCAUUGUAUUCCUCAUUUUGGUUAUGAAGCCUGCUGCAUUUAGAGACUACUUCUCAUACACCCUGCAACAUCUCUCCCUCCAAAUCUCACUAAUCAUCAAAUUCCAAAGCAAUCUACCCACACAGCAUCCUUGCAACGUUCCUACUACUUCCUGCAAUCCAUCAUCCCAUCCUGCUCGAGGAUGAUAACCACAGUUUAUUGAAAAGACAACUUUGACCACCUCAUGUACAUAUGGACACUCAAAAUAGAUGUGAUCCCUGGACUCUUCAUGCCCCAAAUAUAAAGGACAUUUGUUAACUACCUCUGGCUGCCAUUUCUUUAUUUUGUCGAAGGUAGAGAUUCUGUUAAGAGUGACAAGCCAGGUGAUCAGAGAGUUCUUAGGGAUUAGAAUUGGCCUAAAAACCAGCUUAGACCAUGUCUUCUCUCUGAUCAGGAAAUCAUGUGGAUAGCCUAGCUCAAGAAAUACAGGCUGAGAAAUGUU